AUGAAGUUCUUAUCAGCAAUAGUAUUUCUUGCGUGUGCAUUCACAGUCACUGCUCAUGGAGAUCAUUCUCAAAACGUACUAAAGGAAAAACCAUCACAUUUGAGAUGGCAAGAUUGGCACAUGUUGGAAGAACACAAUAUAGCCGAAUACGAUGCUCAAACGUUUUUUACCAUGCAUGAUUUAAAAGGGGCAGAUCAAUGGGAUAGAAGUGAUAUACUCAAUCUUUAUGGAAUUAAGCACGAGACCAUCAUUGGUGAUGGCUCAGGUGUGGGAGAGAAUUCUCGAGAAGUGACACCUGAAGUGCAAAACAUGGUUGUUGAGUCCAUUUUCAAAUUGUUUGAUACGGAUAAGAAUGGAGUUAUAAGCAAAGAUGAGUGGGUGUCAUUCCAUAACAAUGGAGGUGAGUUGCCUGAUUUUGGUUAUGGACAAGGCCAUCAUUUGGAUUUCGAAAGUGAAUAUGAAGAACAUCAUUGGAACCAGUACCACGCCAACGAUGAUCCAGAUACAAAGAUCAAGCACAAGGAAGAUAUUGAGCAUGAGUUGUUGCAUCAUAAACACGAAAUUGAAAAGACCCAUGAUCGUUCUUCAGAGUUGAGAGAGGUGACCGAAAACUUCUUAUCCAAGAUAAGAAUUGAGAAUUUAAAGCCAAAGUAUCGCAUUUAG